AUGGAAAACACCAAUGUUACCAUGAUCAGUGACUUGGCGCUUGCAAAAGAUGACUACAUGAUCAAGGUUCGAAUCAUCCGUCUGUGGAAACAGAUUCGUAUGAUUGGAAUGAUAUUGAUGGACGAAAGGGGCGCCAAAAUUGAAUGUAAUGUCGAUAGACCAUUUGCAUCCCUACAAGGAAAGACUUUGGAAGAAUAUGGUGAUUAUUACAUUCAAAAACCCACAAUAGGGUUAAAUAAUGGUGCUAUAAAAGGACAUGAAGUUUUUGUUACUCUAUGGGGACGUUAUGCUGAAGAAAUUGUUGCAUAUGUUUCAAAGCAUCAUGGUCAUUUUGUAAUGAUUAUUCAACUUGCUAAGUUCAAGAAUAUCCGACGUAUCAUUCAUACAAAAAUUAAAAUACCCAUUUUAGAUCGUCCAUAUGUCAACAACACGUACUUGGCAACAAAGCUUUUUAUUGAGGACGACAUUGAGGAGAUAAGUGCUUUCAAAAAAAGUUUACAAGCAAGAAAAGACUCUUCGUGUUCUUCGGUCUCACGUGCAUCAGGAUCAUCGAUCAUGUAUUCACUACAUGAUGAUUUUCUUCAAAAAAACGCCUUUUACAAAAUAUCCGCUAUUCAUGAAUUGAAUGAGGGAAGUUUUGCGGUAAUUCUUGGAACAAUAAAGAUGUUUGAAGAUAUGCGGAAUUGGUACUAUAAUGCGUGUACAAUAUGCAAGUCAAAGGUUAUUUUAAUGGAUGUUCCAAAUGAGAUGGUCAAUGACUUGGACCGGUUUGAAGAGAAAAAGAUGAUGUUUUGUCCAAAAAAAGAUUGCAAUGGCAAAGAUGUUAUUGCUGAACCAAGUUACAUGAUAAAAGUUCGAGUUCAAGGUUUAGUUGGAGUGGUGAGUCUUACAAUGUUUGAUCGUGAAGUAAGAAAUCUUCUGAAAAUAUCUGCUGCUGAAUUAAUAUCAAGAUAUGAAAGGUUCGACAAUCCAAGUGACUUUCCAAAUGAGUUGAACGCCAUGCUCAAUAAAAAAUUGGCUUUUAAGAUCGUUGUCAAGACUUUCAAUGUCUCAAAAUGUUUUCGUUCUUACAACAUUUCCAAGCUAACAGAUAAUUUAGACAUUAUUGCUGCUUUGGAAAACAUUGAGAAGAAGAAUAUGAUUGAACAGGUAAAAAUAUACCAUUCUAAUUACUGUACUACAUCAGAUUUCAUAGAAUCCUUAAUGUAG